ACCGCGAUCCAGACGAUGACUGCGAUCCUAUGGAAGAUCCAGACUUCGGAUUUUACAUCUACUGCAAAGUAGACGACACCAAGUUAUACUUGUGCGCAGACUCGACAGACGAGAGCAAGGUUUGUCUUGUCACCAGCGUUCCUCAUCCCAACGCUUACGCUCGAUUCUACGUGGAGUUUCCGAGUACCCGCCUUCUGGCACCCGUUUGUCGUUGGGCAAAGGAUUCGUUGCACGUGUUGAGAAAGACUGCGUACAUGAAACGACGUCAGUAUCUUGUCAUUGAUACACAGACUAGACAGCUGUCGUUUACCUCUGGAGACGAACUUGUUCGUAAUCAGAAAGCGAGAUGUCAAUUUGCUGUUGAACAUAUGCCAAUUGCAUAGGGCAAUGUGAAGAGAAUUGAGAAAUGACUUUUAUUAUGAAUCUAGAAAAAUUGAUUUUAAUACUUGAUGUUGGUAUUUUCUGAUAUUUCACUCGUAGAAGGCUUAAUUAUAUCAUGACCGUCACUCUUUAUCCUUUUUGAUAAACCGCAUUAAAUUUGUUAUUUCGUGAUGCAAUCAUGGUGCA